CCCAAGCGCGUCAUCCGUGUUUCGUGAAUGGCGGCGGCGUGUGCAUGCCGAAAGUAGGUUUGUAUUGGUAAUUUGUGAAUCAGCACGCGAAUUUUGAAGCAACUCGAACACAUUUGGUGCCGCGAUGAGUUACGGCAGGCCCCCGCCCAGAAUCGACGGCAUGGUGUCCCUCAAAGUGGACAAUUUAACGUAUCGCACAACUCCCGAAGAUCUGCGACGCGUUUUCGAACGAUGCGGUGAGGUCGGCGACAUUUACAUACCCCGCGACAGGUUCACGCGGGAGAGCAGAGGUUUCGCGUUUGUCCGCUUUUACGACAAGAGGGACGCGGAAGACGCGCUCGACGCCAUGGACGGCCGUAUGCUGGACGGGAGGGAGUUGCGAGUGCAGAUGGCGCGCUACGGGCGACCCACGUCGCCCCAUCGCCGUUAUCGCGGCCGUAGGAGGUCCAGCUCGCGGACGAGGAGCCGAAGAAGCAGGUCGAGGAGGAGAUCGGCGAGUCGAAGUCGAUCCCGCUCGGGCAGCAAGAGUUCCAGGGCGGCGUCACGCUCGUCGAGGGACGAUAAGCGCUCGAGGUCGGCCAGCAAGUCGCGAUCAAGGUCAAGGACCUAAGUUUCAGGCGUUUCAUUGUCGGAGGCGUUCCCGAGUUCCGAGACGCCCGCCCCUUUAAAAAGGUACAUAUUUUUAAAAACAGUUUCGGUUUUGCUUCUCGUUUAAAUCCGUAAGACACGCGAGCCCCAAAUCUCUGUCACGUCGCCAGUCGGCCUCUUUAUUGUAACGAAAAAAGGAAUGUGUGGGUUUUGUUUUUUUUUUUUAGGUUAGUUAAAUUGUAAUCUGUUCCCUUCUGUAGCCGACGAGGUAGUUUAUUUUAUUUCUUUUUCGGGGGCCCUCCCCCGCGUGUGUCCGCAGAUUGUAGCGCCGUUUAUUUAGUGCAUUAAACGACAUUGGAUUUUUAAUACCGACACGUGAUCGUUUAUUUUCGCGCGAGAUCCCCUUUACCGGAAAAAACAAAAAUGGCCGCCCGCUUUAAUCCCCCCUCUCCGAUCUCGAAUUCGGAACGCAGGUCACUAAUC